GCAAUUUUUCAGAUUCUUAAAAUCGGUGAUUAGGAAGUGUUGCACCCUAACGUUCUAAUGCAGACGAUAUGGGCACAACAUGGCCUCAGCACAUAUAUUACAAUACUACAGCAACACUAGAACUAAAACAGCAGCAGCGGUAUCCACAAAAACAGCAACAGCAACAACAAUUGCGCAACAUUGUUACGAGCGAAACACUUCCGGCACACCAGAGGCAUGUCUCAUCACUAACGAGCGGAAACAAUUUGCAGACGAGUCGUCAGCAACAGCUGUUAGUAGUAAAAAUACAACAACAACAGCAAAAAACACAUCUAGAGCAAUAUCGACGGCAUUGUUGUCGUAUUGUCUGCCGCCCAUUGCAACAGUUGACAAUAUUUGGGUUCACAGCAACGCGGUCACGACGCCACUUGAAGAGCCGACGGACGAUCAGAAACUGCACAGCACCAAGGUACAGGUAUUGCAUGCGCGUAUUGCAAACGAAGUUAACAAAGAGGUAUCUAACUGUUUUGAAACGCCAACGCCAUGGAAACCUACUGCUGCCACGAAGCGACCAAGUUUCAGGCCAACAGACCCGACGCUGUCGCCGAAUCAGAAAUCACACCAAGCUGCAGAUGAUGUUCAUACGUUUCGUUGUGUGGACAGUGGUAGGAGAGGCAGAAGCAAAAGUGAAAGCGCUGAGAGCUACGGUGACUUGCAAGCAGAACGCCCUCAGAGACCGCAACAACAACAACAACAACAGAAACAGCAAAACCGUUGGCAUUCGGAAAGCAGAGGCGAAGCAUUGUCGUGUGGAUGGACAAGAGUUAAAGGUAUUGCAAAUAUGUCAAGUGCAGCCGCGUCUAAUGCCAACCAGCAACAACAAGGACAGUGCAGUGAUGUCGCCGGCAUUGUUGUUGGUGCUAUUGCAAGUUUACGCAAAACAUCUACAGGGAAUUGCGCUCGACAGCGGUCACAAGCUAUUGCUUACAUGCACUGUGCACAAACAAAGGAGAAACAUAACAACACAAACAACAAAACCAAAUGCUGCCAAUCAAACGAAACGAAACAAAGCGAAACACACAACGUUGCCAGAGGCUGCCACGCAGCUGGGGAAUGCGAUUGCUGCUGCAAUCCGCAUCUCUUUUCGUCAUGUACACGCCAAUCUUCCAGAAAUGCUAUCGAACAGCAACAACAACUACAACUCAGCGGUCUAUCGAACGGCUCCAACCAAGAAUUUUCUCAGCUGCUUGCCGACAGCUGCUGGUCGCUCGCUUGCAAUGCUGUACCUCAGCUACUCGAACAACCACAAACAGCAGCAAUUGCGACACCUUUACAAUCACAAUCCACAACAACAACAGCAAAAGCCACAAAUGAACAACGAAGUAUAUUUCAAUACAAAACCAACAAAAACAGCAACUUGUACUACAAGAGGGGUGUUGCGAACGAACUCUAUUUGGAAAGAGCUGCUGCAGCUGAUGCUGACUUUGGUGGCGGCUGCGGCACAAUUCUAUCUACGCUGUGUUGCUCUGUGCGUUCGAAGCUUCUGCUUGCCGUGGCCGACCUGCAAGCUCUGUCACGCGCUCUUCUCUCACUCAUCAUUAUCUUUAACAUGCUGCCGCUAUUUUAUGCAGUUGCUGCUUCUGAAUUAAGAGCCAACGGCGGUCCAAAUCCAGCGGCGCAUCCUUGGAUACCCGUUGUGGCUUACUUGGAAACUCUGCCGAGACCAACAAAACCGCCAAAAUGCGACCAGACAUUCGUUUCACGUAUUGGCGGCCCACAGAAUGGCACAUUCACCGCGCCGCUGCUGCACAAUCACAAAAACCAUUCGCGUCAGUGCUUGUACACUUUCCUAGCAGGACCCGGGCAACGCGUCGAAGUACUUUUUACAUCGUUUAAUUUAAGAGGAAGUCCACCAGACGGUUCCGCCGUCGGUGAAUUACCAGCCUGUGUUCACGAGUACAUGGAUAUAUAUUCGGAAGUGCAGUCGUCAGAUCCAGCUGAACUAAUAAAUUCACCGUUUGGUGGACGAUAUUGCGGUACAAUACCGCCGCGACGACGUAUCUCCAUGUACCGAGCUAUAGCCAUCUCAUUUUUUACCAAUAAAAAUGUAUCAACACCCGACUUAUUCGAAGGAACUUAUAGAUUUAUAAAUGCAUCUGAAUAUGAAAUUGGUAUACCAAUAGCGGGUUCACCAUGUUCCUACACCAUUACGCCUAGCAUGAGUAUCAAUAAAACUGGGGCACUCAUAUCGCCAACCUAUCCGGGUGCCUAUCCAAAAGAUAUGUCAUGCACAUAUCAAUUCCUCGGCGAAUCGAAUCAAAGAGUUAGAUUAGAAUUUCGAGAUUUUGAUCUAUUUUUUGGUGGACCACACUGCCCAUUUGACUAUGUCAAAGUGUAUGAUGGUCCCGAUAAUUCGUCAGCAUUAAUUGGUACAUAUUGCGGACAGCAAAGGAAUUUAGUUUUAUACUCAAGCGAAUCGAGCCUUUUUGUUCAUUUUUAUACAUUGCCGAGAACAGCGAAUACCCAAAAUCGUGGCUUUAAAGGAAUUUAUGAAUUUAGCGAAAGUUUUGUUAAAUUAGAUUUUAUACGUGAAAAUGAUGGCAUUCACAUACGUGGCUCGGAAUGUGAUCAAAAGAUAUUAUCGAGAAAGGAAUCAACGGGUUUUGUGCUCUCACCAAAUUAUCCCUAUCCAUAUAUACAGAAAACUGUGUGUAGAUACUUCAUUUACGGCAUGCAAGAUGCGCAGCAUCUGGAACGUGUGCGUCUGGAGUUUUCAUCUUUCAAUAUACCCAAGGUAGAGCACAAGGAUAAAAGCGAGUCCAAUUGCACAGACGGUUAUCUUAAAAUCUAUUUGAAGGGACAGGAAACGGCCGAUGCCUAUGACAAAUUUGACUAUGAGUUAUGUGGCAAUGAAACGCAACGAGUUCUUAGCGAUGGACCACGCUUGGCAAUGGUCUUCAGUUCGGGUGAGCUACAGGGUCGCGGUUUCAAGGGUAAAUACACCUUUGAAACUGAAUAUAAAAUACCUGGCACUGCCGCUCCCGAUGGCACGUGUAGCUUCACAUAUGUGAGCAGUUCAAAGAAACGUGGAGAACUGAACAGUCCUCGCUAUCCAUCCAACUACCCGUCGGACACGAAUUGUUCGUAUCUGUUUCUAGGUGAACCGAAUGAGCAGGUCACGAUCGUCUUCGAUCAUUUCAAAAUUAAAGCGGAUGGUAACUCAAAUGCAACAGCUGGAGCUUAUGGUUCUAGCGCUUGCUUUGAAGACUGGCUGGAAAUGUAUGUUGUUUAUCGUGAUAACAACGAUCGUUUUCUUGGUCGCUACUGUGGUCUGACAGCACCCGGCCCCGUUGAGAGCCCAAGGGGUGCGGUGGGUCUGCGUAUCACAUUGCAUACGGAUCAAGAGAACGUGGCUAGCGGCUUCAAAGCGCGCUACUUUUUCGAAUCUCCGCGCUCCGAUGUGGCCGAAUGUGGUGGCAACUUCUCAGGUCAAGACUCGGGUAUUAUCACCUCUCCCAACUACCCAGCAGGCUAUAAGGCACCCAGUCGUGGCAUGGCUUCAAUGGCAUGCAAUUGGAUAAUGACGGCACGGCCGGGUUAUAAGUUAUCAAUUAACUUUGAGCACUUCUCCAUCGAAGGUGAUCCAGCAAAUCGUGGCUGUCCUGCUGCUGUUUUGCGACUUUGGGUCAAUGUCGAUUCAGACCAACCGCCAUUGGAAUUGUGUGGUGAAAAGCCACUUAUAGAACAGUGGUAUUAUAUUUCCACUGGACAAACUGCUCGUAUCAGUUUCACAACCAGCGACAAAACCGUUGGUGCUCCGGGCUUCCGCAUUGUAUGGACUGAAAUACAAGACUCUGGUCCUGGACCCCCGUCCAUUGGACUGCUCUGUGAAUCAACAUACCACUUCCAAUGCGACGUGGGCUACUGCAUUUCCGAUAAGCUACGUUGCGAUGGCGUCAAAAACUGUGGUCCCGGUGAUGAUAGUGACGAAUUGCACUGUACCACACAAGCGCCCGAGGAGGAUCACGGCGUUCUAAUUAUAAUAACACUAAUCGUCGUCUCGUUCCUAAUCUGUCUCCUAUGCACACUCUGUCACUCCAAAAGAAAACGUAGAGCGCAUGUGCGCCAACUGGGCCUGCAUCGCAAUGCGCAUUACGAUUCACAAACCAGCGCAACUGGUUUGAGUUCCAGUCGACGGCAUUUGCAAGGCGGUGCGAGCAUAUCGGGUAGUCUGCAUGGCAUCAAUAGCGGUUCAUUGAUGAUACCACCAGCGCCCCUGCCACCCACCAGCGUACCACCACCGCCGCAUAUCUGCAUUGCAGGUGUCGACGGCCUCAGCGCGGGCAUACUAAUAAACGACGACGACGGCCUGGACGAUGACGACGAAAUCGAUCUGGACAAUGUGCAGCACGAGAUAUUCAUUAACGACGUACGAUUCGACGAUGAGGAGAACCACUUGGAGCAAAUGCAUCAUUUGGAAAACGUUUAACAAUUGGCGAAGGUUUUGGGCGGCAGUAGAGGCGUUAUCCCAUUGUUGCAACAAUAUGCGGCAUUUUAUAGGAAUUUACAAGCAUAGGAACAGAUUUAAUUUACAAUAAUAAGCAUUAAUGAUUAUUACUAGCGAAAACAUUAGUAAUAAUAGUUGUACGAGUACAUCAUUAAGUCAGGUUUUUAAUAACAGCAUAAAUCAAUAAAAUCUAAUUCCCACGAAUUAAUAUGAAGUUUGAAGCAAAUAACAACAAACAGUCGCAUGAAAUAAUAUGAAAAUAGGAAAAUGCAGCAAAUUCGAAACGCCAAAGGUACGGAGAAGUCAGUGUUAGUGAGAACUGAAGGAAACAGUCAGAAGGAGUGGAAGCGAGAAUGACUAAGAGAAGAGGCGCAGAACUUUUCUCAUUAAAUAGUAAGGGAAUGUAAGACUCGAAAAAUUAUUGGGUUUAGACUGGGUUUAACGGUAUUUUACUGACUUUUUUAUUUUUGAGAAAAAAUCGUAUAAAAAUAAUAUAUACAUAUUUGUGUCCACGCGACAUUUGGAAGAUCACCUAAAAUAACUUGUUGUAAAAUAAUUUCCAUAAAUUUAAUAUUUAAUAGUUAACAGUACUGCGAAUGGUAGGAAGCGAGAUAGCAUUUUGACAAAGCUUUUUAUUGUGAAACAAAGUAAAAAGUAGUGAACUUAAGGCGAAAUUGAAGCGAGAGGAAAAUCUAAAAUGAAAUAAAUUUAAAAUUAAUAGUAAAAAAACAACAAAAACAAAAAGAACAAAUCAUAAAAAGGCUCAUUAGAGAUAAUUAAAGAAUAAGUUAUAUAUAAAACAGCAUAAAAUAGUAAACGAAAAUAAAACGGUAAAUCUCAUUCAAAGUGAAUUCAUGGCGAAAAACAAAAUAUUGUUGAUUUUUAUAUUUGAUACGAUUUAGAAGCAUUAUACAUUUAUUAUUCGUAAGACCACAGCCGCAUUGAUCGGUAAACAGCAACAACAGCAACGCAUAUACAUGUUUCAAUUCUGUUAACGACAAACACACGCACCCAUAACAAGAACCAAAGUGGAGACAAAAAACCGCUCACAAUUCACUCAAAAAAUCACGCAUUCUAUCUCUUUUCUACACCCGUUCUUUAUCUUUUCUACACCCAGGACAACACUCAUCCCCCCAUCCAUGAGCCGCUCGAGACACUUGCACGCAAACACGAAGAACGCGUACGCGCAGAAUGAAGCAGCAUGCCACAUCAAUAAUAAUGAUUCUAAAAUGUGCUCAAUACGUUAGUAAAUAUACAAUAAAAAACAAUACGUACGAGUAUUAUUGCGAGUAAAUAAACAAAAUAAAUAAAUAGCAAACAUAUUUAAGUACAUACAUACAAAUUUGAUAGUAAAAUGCCAUAAAAACAAACAUAAGAAGCGUAACAACAUAACAACGUAACAAAAGUCAAACACUCAUACAUAAUACCUUUUUGAUGGCAAUAUUGCGUAUUUAUUACGGUAAAAAACUACGAAUGUGACAACAAACCGACAACAGACGAGUUGCUGCUCAGCCGUCGUGCGACUACACUGAAUAAUAAUAAUAAUCAAUUAGUGACUAUCAAAACUGCAUCUUCCAAAAUAAGUAAUUAAAUAACAAGCAACUAAGGCACUUAAAUAUAAAAAUAUAUAUAUUAUAUAAUGAGAUCUUUACCUUGGACACUGGCAUUAGGUAAAACAAAGAUAAAAAUUUAUUAAACGAAAGCAUAACAGUGAAAAUGGCUAUAAAAAGGGAUUGUAGUAAAUUUGAUAUAACGCGACUGUUGGCAGACAAGCAACGAGUAUACAUAUGUAUAUGGAAAGGGUUAAAAGCCUUUACUUACAUAUGUAUAUUAAAAUAUUCAGAAUUUUAUUAUUAUUAUUUUUUUAAUUUUAUUUAUUUUAUUUUUUGUAUGAAUUAUUUUUUAUUUACAUGUGUUAAGGAAAUAAAUAAACGACACAUUUUAAAAGAAGUUUUUGUUUUAGCUUAUAUUUCUUGCUAAUGAAGUUCCAAAGUUGGAAAAUCGUUAAACAGAAAACAUUAAAAAAUAAAUAAAAUUUAAUUCGCAAUAUUUUUCACCGAAAAAUUUCGCUUAAUUAUAGAAAAAUAUAUUUUCAUCUUUUUUUUCAUUAAUUUUUAAUGUUUUUGUACUCGUUUUCAUUCGUGUGUACUCGCAUAUGCAAACUGCAGACACAGCGCGUAGAGGAAAAAAGUAAAAUCGUGUAGAAAGGCAAGAAAGUUAAGAAGCAACUAAAAAAUAUCAGUUUCGCCUAGAAUUAAGAUUAAUGAAUGCAACUAAAGUUAAACACUAAAUUAAAUGUUGGUAGUAAAUUUAAAAAAAAAAACUAAAUAAACUAGAAGUAAAAACAUGAUUAAACGAAGCAAAGAGUUGAAAAUUAAUUAAAAAGAAUUAAAUAAAUUGUAGUUAUAAUUAUUAAAAAUGCACGGAGGCAAUGUUAAAGAAAAAUGCUUAAUUAGACACAAAUGUAUUCAUUAAAUGAAAACUAAACGAUAUAAUAUAAAAUGAGAUCAUUAGAGGUGUGAAGAAAUAAUUUUUAAAUGAAUUUGAACCAAACUACUUACACACACACUCACACACAGAGACAAAUGAAAACACUGAACAUGAUAUACAUACAUAUUUAAAAGCAAGUUAACCUUUGGAGCACUUUCAUCUUAAAGUGCUUAUAAAUAUGUUUGCUUUCUUCCCUUACUAUAAUUUAAAAAAGCUUAAAAUCUUCGCAACAAUAUUUUUUUUAUUUUUUUUUCGUCAAAGUCCUCAAAAAGCUUCACAAGCGUUAUGUAUGUGAUUUUUAAUAACAACAAUAAAUUUUUUAUUUAAUUUUUUUGUUCAAAAUCGCCAAUAUUUAUUUAUUUUCCAACUAAAAGUGCAUACAUACAUAUAAUUUAAUGAACACAUUACUUCCACACAUACAUGCACACUUACACACACACAACUACAUAACUGCAUGAAACAUAUAAAACUAAAAAAUGUUAUUAAAAAGAGUAUUUAUUAAAAAAAAUAGAUAAAAGUAUUGGUUUCAUAGCGCACGUACGUUUUACAACAACAACAAAAAUUCAAUAAAUAAGUGAUGUUAAAAAUGUUUGCGAAAUUAACGAAGAAAAUUAAUGCUAAAUAGGGUUAAAGUAUUGUAAUUAAAAACGUCAAAAUUGAAUUAAGAAAGCAAAUCAAAUUAAUUAAAUGUAAUAAAAUAAGUAUUUGCAUACAUAUAUUAUGUAACACUGCGAAUUGCAUAAAAAACAUAUGCCCUUGUUGGAAAAAGCUGACAAAACAACAUAAAUAAAGCAUAAUUUGUAUUGGCUCAACUUUUUUUUUAAUUUGCUUUAUGAAAAUUAAAUUUUUUCAAUGAAACUGUUAAUUUCUCUCGGCAAAAAAGGUGAAUAACUUGAUUUGCAGACAUCUGAAAGCCAACGCUAACAUAACUAUGCUGAGAAGUUAUGAAAUAUAACAGUAGAAAUGCAAGCUAAAUGAAAUAGUCGUAGCAAUAUCUAAACAAGGGUAUUUAAAAACAAGCAUUAAAACGAUCGAGAAUCAAAAAUAUUAACUAAAAGGUUAUUAAAAUUAAAAAUAAAACUGUUUAUCAAAUAAAAAUGAAAAAGCGCAGUAAAACACAGCUUCGAAAGUAGCAAAAUGAAAUGUCAGAGUAGGGGAGGGAAGCACAAUCCCCAAAGUAAACAAUUGAAUGUUAACAUUAAAUAUAAAAUCGAUACAUAAAAUAUGACAACAAGCAUGGAUGCAAGCAUAACAUAACACAACACAAGCAUAUUGUAAUGUAAAAUUAUAAAAGUAUAAUAUGCGAUAGGUUAAAAGUUCACACAAUAAAGAGCAGACAGACAAACAGAAAUAUGUUAUUGAAAAAAUAAAACGAGCUAAACAUUUUAAUGCAUUGUAAUAAAAUAUUGAAAUACAGCAAAAACUGUUUGAAAUACACACAUACAUACAUAUUAAACUCAAACAAAAAACCAAAAAACAAAAACGUAAACAAAUAUUGAUUAGAUUGUGUAAGAGAACGCGUAAUUUUUAGUGUGUUUAAUUCAAAGCAAAUACAAAACAACAAAAAAAAAACUCAAUAAAAGCCCAGAGGGGUGAUAAAAACAAAACCACAAAAAAACACAUUCCCAACACCGUUGGCUGGGAACUGAAGCAUCAAAGUAAAUAACAAAGAUGAAAGAAACCCUUUUGUGUCUUGUUAAUUAUUAUUGUAUUUCUCUGUAUGUGUAGAGAGAGCGUACGCGAUUAUUACGUUACUUCUUACGUUAUUUGCAUUAAUUAUACAAUUAGUUACUUGUUAUGUAUACAACAACAACGACAACAACAAUAAUGAAAAUACACUGAAUAUGAAACAUGCCUGCUUACACCCACACAAAGACACACACACAAAAUAUAUAAAUACAAAAUAACAGUAAAAUACUUUAGUUAGACACUGAAAAAUGCAGAAAAUACUCGUUAUCAAUUCCAAAAUACAAGAAAAAUAGUAAUUUGCCAAGUGCAGUGCAAGCUGCAGACACCCUGUAUAUUGUGUUUUAAGCAGCUAUAAUGAUAGUCACAAUUAAAUUUACCAGUAACAAUAUAAACACAUACUUACAUGCCCACAAACAAGCAUUUGCCUUAGUUAUUUAAAUUAAUUAUACAGAUUAAUCGAUAACUGCAUAUAUCGAUGUUGAUCGAACCCAUAUUUUAUACGUGAACGUACACGCAAGCAUUCAAACAACAAUAAACAAAUGUAUACAAUGCUAUUAUUAUUAUUAUUAUUAUUAUUAUUAUUGCUAUUAUUAUAUCUAUGUACAUGCAGUGCUUAUCUACGCAAAUACAUACAUAUAUAAUAUGUAAUAACCAACCGGAGGAUGCAUUAUAUUUGUUUAGUUUAUGGUAUGCAUUGUUCACAUAUUUUUAUAACCCAUUGUAUUCUGUUAGUAAGAGUAUUUACAUACAUAUGUAUAUGCAUAACCAUUCGUUUCAACAGCCAAUGGCUCAAUGUUGUCAACUACAUAAGCAUUCAUGUUAUGUAUUAGCAGCUAUGUCAAUCUAAUUUAAGUCUUAUUGUAAUCGGUUGAAAUAAAAUUUUAUUGAAAUACAAA